UUUUUAUCGACUUUCGGGCAUAUUUCCGAAAAAAAGGGCCUUAGCACUGGCCAAUAUAAACACAACUGACGCUAAAUAAGACGUCCUAACCUCACAUUGUCAUUUGACGUGGAUCUAAUAAUGCACGAAAUGUCCGUUUUAAGUUUUUAAAGGAUAACAUGAAGCCCGAAAACAAGAGGAUAUUCAUAAGCGAUUUACCGGAAACGUACACGAAAGAGGAGCUGGAAAGUAGCUUUUCCAAGUAUGGAACCGUUACCUCAGUGGAAAUAAAAGAGAGGAAAGAGUUAACCCCUAAGAACACCUCCCUGUUUUUCGCCUUUAUUAAUCUUAAAACUGACGAAUUAGGCCUGAAUCAGUGUUUCAAGGACUUAUCAAACAAAAAAUGGCACGGGCAGUUUGUGCAGCUCCAGCUCGCCAGGGAGAGCUUCCUGGAGCGGCUAAAAAGGGAGAGGGAGGAGGCUGGUCAGGGCCCCAAUAAUCAAACCAUUAAUACACAAAACACUGUCGUACAACCAGGUCCUAUUAAAUUAAAAAAAAGGCCCCCUGCUUCCUCCUCUUCCGGGUCGGAAAGUGAACCUGAUGCCCCAAAAAAACCUAAAACUGAACUAAAGAGAACUGUUUCCUCCUCCUCUUCCUCAGAGUCAGAAAGUGAGCCUGACACACCUAAAAAACCCGAAACUGAACCAGAAAAAACUGAUAUCAUAAUAAAAUCAAAUAAAUCUAAGGUUCUGGCCCCUGGGGGGCUAAAAAUCCCCUCGUUUGGCAAAGCCCCAAUAGCAGAAAUUCCCCUAAAAAAACCCAAAGUCCCUCAAAACGACAGCGAGGCCAAUAAAAAGAGGCUGCAGCACCUAAAAGAGAUGAAGCAAAGCUACGAGAGCCAAAAGAGUUUGAUAAGAAGUGCUCUGGCUUAUGGCAGUGAAAAACCGUCCAAUAAGAAGAUUCUUUUUGAGGACGAGGGGCUGCAGAAUGCGCCUGAGAAAAACGGGGGGCUAUUUGAUCAAGAGGACUCUGAUUUCGAACCGGACUUUGAGGUUAAGGAGCAGUUCCAAGGCAAAAAGGGCCAGAAACUUUUGGAGCUUCAAUCUAGAUAUAAAAAUGACAAAAGGUUUGCCCUGGAUGAGCGGUUUAUUGAAGAUGAACAAGGAGAAGAAGCUGCAGUAGAAGAUGAUGUGGAAAAAGAGAAACAGGAUCAGCUCAAAAUCUUAAAUGAGGUCCUGGGAAGGACAGAGGCUCCUGUUAAGAGGGACAGUGUUGCCAAAAAGGCCAUGCUGAAGUUCGAUCCUACUGUUCCGGAGCAUACCAACUUAGAACUGAAAAUGACUGAGCCAGAGCAGAAAAAGAGGAAAAAAGAGAAACUUAAGGAGGCAGAAGAGGCGAAACCUGCCCCAGAGGUUUCCAAAGAAGUCUUUUACAAAGUGCCUGAGAAGCUGAAGGAGGCUUUAGAAGAGAAACAAGGGUUCAGUUUGCUAAGCAUGUUUGGACAAGUGAAGGAGGAGGAUAAAAAGGAGGAGGAACCAACCGAGAGGGAACUCAAGAGGAAACCCUUACUAAACGGCCAAAACCCUUUUAAAUACGACUCUUCGGAUGACGAAGACGAGGAUAUUGGAGACGUACCGCAUAAGGCCACCGGUAAAAUACCGGAACCGGUUCCGGUAAAGGCUUUGGCCCAAUCGGUGUUCUGGACCGAGCCGUUCUUCUUUAAAAAUGACGAUUUUAGGUUACAAGAGGGUUUCGAUUUUAUCGAAAAAAUCCGAUCGGAGGACAAAGAGUUCGCGAAAAUCCGCAGGGACUUGAAGGGAAUCGUGAGGGCGAAGGUCAGAAACAAUGAGAGGAAGAACAAAAUGUUUAAGAAGAAAUUGGGCGGCGGUAACAAGAGGAGGAAACACGUCAGGAUGAAAAAGGCACUUAAGAGAUAAUAUUACUUUUAUCGUUUUUAAUAAAUGUUUUUUUUUAAUUUU